CCUGCGACGCUUUGAAUAUUACACUUUCACACACUGAGAAAAAAAAAAGAAAAAAGGAAGACUUGCUGAAUGAAACUUUCAACCUUUUCUCCAGGAGGGCUGAAAUAAGCUCACAUAUGGGUGACUAUUUAUUUUAAAUUGUUUUUCUUCUUCUUCUGCCACGCUGGAUGGGACGCGGAUAACAUGUUCGGUCACCUCAAGUUCCUGGUCGGGAGGUUAGAAACGAUGUCAGGGGUCGCUCGUUUUGGAAAAUGACUGCUGGCAACACCGACGGAAAAAUAAUGGUCAGAAGAUGUCUAGUGACGUUCAAACCGUUCAGGAUAUUCGUGGUGGGAAUUGGCUUCUUCAGCCUCUGCUUUCUAAUGACCUCUCUGGGGGGGCAGUUCUCAGCCAAGAGACUCGGGGACUCCCCCUUCACCAUCCGCACAGAAGUGCUGGGAGGCGUGGAGUCACGUGGGGUGCUGAGGAAGAUCAGUGACAUGCUGGAGGUGAUUCUGAAGAGGAUGGACAGCCUGUCUAAACUGGACAACACGUCCACCACCGACGCACGGCGCCUCGACGAGCUCAGCUCCGCUAUCAACAGGUUUCAACCAGCCGGCCUGGUGGAGAGGAUCCAAGCUAUCGCUCAGAAUGUCUCCAACAUGGCCAUCAGGGUGGAGCAGAUACUGCAGAACAGCAUGGUGCAAGGGAGAGCGGUGAGAGAUGGGACGUCAGGCCAGUGUGAAAUACCAAGAGACCCCCGCUUCCCUGAGUGUCCGGGUAAAGUCGAUUGGAUGCGAGCACGUUGGACAUCUGACCCCUGCUACGCCUUCUACGGCGUCGAUGGCUCAGACUGCUCCUUUCUCGUCUACCUGAGUGAGGUGGAGUGGUUCUGCCCCCCGCAGGCCUGGAGGAAUCAAAGCAGCCCGCCCACCCAGCACACACAUCAGAUAAAGGCCCCAAAGAGACAGGCUGCCUUCCGGACAGACCUCUCUGUACUGCUGGACCAGGUGGGGACCGGAAAGGAGUCCCUCAGCUUCAUGAGGCGCAGAAUCCGCCGCCUCGCACAGCAGUGGGCGACGGCCGCCAACCGCCUGGAUGUGAAGCUGGAGCAACGGUGGAGGGACCAGAAGAAGAUCCUGGUCCACGUCGGCUUCCUGACCGAGGAGUCCGGAGACGUCUUCAGCCCCAAAGUCCUGAAGGGGGGUCCUCUCGGGGAGAUGGUCCAGUGGGCCGACAUCCUCACCGCCCUCCAUGUUUUGGGACACAACCUCAAGAUCUCCAUGUCCGUCAAGGAGCUCCAGGGGUUCCUCGGCGUGCCCCCGGGCAGAGGCAGCUGCCCGCUGACCGGCCCGCUCCCCUUCGACCUCAUCUACACGGACUACCACGGCCUGCAGCAGAUGAAGCAGCACAUGGGGCUCUCGCUCAAGAAACACAAGUGUCACAUCCGAGUGAUCGACACGUUCGGGACGGAGCCAGCCUACAAUCACGAGGAGUACGCGACGCUGCACGGCUACCGGACCAACUGGGGCUACUGGAACCUGAACGCCAGGCAGUACAUGACCAUGUUCCCGCACACGCCGGACAACUCGUUCAUGGGCUUCGUUUCGGAGGAGCUGAACGUCACGGAGAAGAGGAGCAUCCAGCAGGACAAAGUCAACAACAUGGCUGUGGUGUACGGGAAAGAGGCGAGCAUGUGGAAGGGUAAAGAAGGCUUCCUGCAGAUUCUGCACAGAUACAUGGAGGUCCACGGCACAGUCUACUACGAGACCCAGAGACCCCCGGAGGUCCCGGCCUUCGUGAAGAACCACGGCCUCCUGCAGCAGCACGAGCUGCAGCAACUGCUGCGCAAGGCCAAGCUCUUCAUCGGCUUUGGUUUCCCGUACGAAGGCCCCGCCCCUCUGGAAGCAAUAGCCAAUGGCUGCGUCUUCCUGCAGCCCAAGUUCCACCCGCCUCACAGCUCCCUCAACCACGAGUUCUUCAGAGGCAAACCCACUUCUAGAGAGGUUUCCUCCCAGCACCCGUAUGCAGAGCAGUACAUCGGCAGACCUCACGUCAUGACCGUGGACUACAACAACUCGCUGGAGUUCGACUCUGCCAUCCGGGAAAUCAUGAGGACCAAGGUGGAGCCGUAUCUGCCCUAUGAGUACACCUGUGAGGGGAUGCUGGAGAGAGUGCACGCCUACAUACAGAAUCAGGACUUCUGCGCCCCCGAGCCUCCCUUCCUUCCAGCCAACCUCUCCAGACCGGGCUCUGCCGGAGGCGGCCGGAUCACAGGACCUCUGUUUGUGCCCCUGCCCAAUUCCACCGCCGUCAGCUGGGCGUCCAACGUGACGGCGCCCGCCGCCUGGCCUCCGCUCAGCUCCCUCCGGCUGCUCGUAUCUCAAGAGGGCCAGUCGUGUGUGGAAGCGUGCAACUCGGCCGGUUUCAUCUGUGAACCUGCUCACUUCCGCUUCAUCAACAACAAGGAGGCGCUCAGAGUGUUGGAGGUGCAGUGCGAGGUCGUGGACUCAGAGAUCAACCACAUCCUUCCGGCCUUCUCGGUGGUGCGGCGGGAGUGCGGCCUCCAGCGGGAACCCCUCCUCUUCAGCUGCGCGGGACACUCCCCCAAAUACAGACGUCUUUGCCCCUGUAGAGACUUCCGCCGCGGCCAGGUGGCGCUGUGCAGAGACUGUCUAUAGUAGACAGGAGAGAGGUGAGGGACAGACACUAAAGGACAGGAAACAAGAUUAGGGGGGCACCCACAUACCAGAACGGGUGUAGCGCUGUGGUGAAUGACCUGAUGGUGCAGAGAUGCAGGGUCCUCCCACAGUGCUCAACAGAGUGGCAGGUAACAGACGUGCAUGGUUUCUAGAGGCUGAGGGCAUGAGUAGAGGAGAGGGGGUUUAAAUCAGCUGUUAGACUGUAACGUCCUGCAGAUCAGAAACACCCCCCCAGUGCAGGGCUGCAGGGGGACACGGUGGGAUUAAGAGCAGGGGAAGAGGCCUCUGUUAGCGCUCACCACACCAACAGACAUUCACAAUAACCUUCAAACCACGCUGACCAAUGAAAUGAUCGACCGUAAAACUCCAAAUGAAAGCAGAUCCCGUUUGAAGCUGCAGGCUGUCGCUGCACGUUUUGAUGAAUAAACGCCGGUCUCAGUUAGUUUUUUUCCCCCUUUGAUUUCAAUGUCACAUUUCUAUCAAUUUCCAUGUACUCAGUGUGCACCGUGGUCUGUCAGCGCUGCGCACUACGCCGGCGUUCGCUGCCACGUCAAGUCAAUGCUCCUGUUUCCACAGCGAGCGCCACGUUCUGUCAGCGGAGCGUGCCAGCAGCACCACUACACUACUCCGUCUGUCUAUGUUCAGUCAGAGCUCGCUGCAAGCAUGCGUCAAGCUGGACAGAAUAGAUCGAGAUCGGAAACGCACAGAGCUACUGGUCCAUUUCAAAAUAAAACACGAUAUACGGACUCACAAUCAUGUUUUUCAUCACUUUAUUAACAUGACGUGAAAACAGGCGCCGAAUGAACAACAGUUUGCACGUUUUUCUCUGUAUUCCCGCGGGAUCUUGUAGUUCUCCUGUGACUUGUGUACAGCAGCUCAUGGGUCCGCUCACGCUCCAGAAACGGAGCCAGUCAGGCAGGAUGGCGCCGUCCGACGGAGC